UUUCCCUCCGUAUGCCUGCAACAAAAACUGUAAAGUAUGGCUGUAUUAUAAAGACUGAUAAGCUUCUCUCUUCUCCGUAUAGAUACAAGAUUACACUUCUAAAGCCCUCAACGAAAGCUCUAGAUAUCUCAAGCAAGAUAUCUAUUCGUAUGGACAAUCGAGGAUUUCUGUCGCUGCAAUACAUGAUUAUUAAUGAUGAUGGAGAAACGUGUUAUGUCGAGUACUUGGUAGGUGCAUAUCCCUUCCUAGUUUUACAAUUUGUGGAUGUUACAAGCGCAAACCAUUAAGCUAUAACCUACCUUUAUCCACAAUAUAAUUAGUAUGCAGUGUACCAACUUUUGAUGUAUAUUUUCUUAUACCAAUGGGAAAAUAUAUACCCGUACCUGCAUUUACCAACGUUUUUGCCUUCGUACUGUACCUGUUUGAGGUGGCGUUCUAUGUCACAUUGAGUAUCGCUCAUUUUUACUACCACCAUCCAACUCAUUCAUUACUUGGUCUAAAACUCGAUCUUGUCAAACAAUCAUACUUUUAAUCAAAACCUUUUUUGAAAAUAAUUUUGAAACAAAUGAUAGCGCUAUUACAUUUAUUAAACGACAUUUCGAUGCUACAGCGUGCAUCGUUUUCAAGUUUUUUUUAACUGAUAAAUGUAAUAUCGCUAUAUCAUUUGUUUCAAAAUUAUAAUUUUGUUCGUUCUAUUCCUUUUCUAUAUCAUAGUGUGCACCAGACGAGGAAAGUGAUGAAAAUGACGAUGAUUAUUUAUCAUAGAAUAAAAGAAAUAACUAGUGAGUAGUGUUUCGAUGUACAUAAAAUGAAACUAUUAACUAAACACAACACAAAAAGAAAGUUCCCCUCUAAAUAUAUCAUCAUAAGUUCUAAAUAAAUGAUUACGUUACAAUCAAACCUAGGAGUAGUUAGACCUAUGGUAGUUAGCUUUAUGCUGUUUGAAGGAAGUUAUGUCACCUAACCAGCUAACCUCCAGUCCUCCAUUGAAUACAGAAAUAUACCCAAUUUCGAAAUUAACAAGAAUUACUUUAUUUAAAUUUCACAACAACAGUAAUGUUUCAUCAAUGAUUUCAUAAUGGGUGUAAACACCACGCUUUUCAAUAACUUAAUUCAGCAUCGUCUCCUCAGAAAGAGAAUGAUGUGGCCUCAAACUUGCCAGAUCUCAACCCAAUUGAGUAUCUUCGGGACCAGCAAAAGCGGUAUGUCUAUCGCCAGUUCAUAGAAUACUGCACGCGGGCUGACUUGGCUCAAUCGUUGCAGGAGAAAUGGAUGGCUAUAUAUCUCAACAGCAGGUAUAAGCAUGUAAGCAGACUCCUGAACAUGAGGAGACGAUGACUGUCUUGAGGUAAUCCAGAAGCGUGGUGGUUAUACACCCAUUAUGAAAUCAUUGAUGAAACAUUACUGUUGUUGUGAAAUUUAAAUAAAGAGUAAUUCUUGUUAAUUUUGAAAUUGGGUAUUUCUGCAUGUAUUCAAUGGAGGACUGGAGGUUAGCUGGUUAGGUGACCAUAACUUCCUUCAAACAGCAUAAAGCUAACUACCAUAGGUCUAACUAUACUCUUAGGUUUGAUUGUAACGUAAUCAUUUAUUUAGAACUUAUGAUGAUAUAUUUAGAGGGGAACUUUCUUUUUGUGUUGUGUUUAUAAUAUACACUUAAUGUGUGCUUCCCAGGGAAAUACUUUUGUUUUCCCGAGAGUCUCAAUAUCUAUGUACCGAGGGAACAGACAUUAGGGCCAUUUAUACGGGACAAAAUAAGUCGCGACUUACAUAAGACGCGUCUUAUAUAAGCGGAGUUAUAGAAUAAAUGGUUCUCUACGGCUCCAGUCUUAUUACUUGCUAUAGCUAUGUUGUUUUGGUAAUUGUUUUUGUUUUAAUAUGCAAGGCUAAUAAUUUUACGUUGUUUCAAGUUUCGGGCAUGUGCAGUUAGACUUUUUAUCCAAAAUGUCUUAUUUAAGACGCGAGUCACGCGACUUAAAUAAGAACAGCUAAAAAUCCUGUUCUUAUUUAAGUCGCGUCUUACCCAAGGGUGAUCGCUAGAUAUAGUAUACUUCAAAAUAAGGUUUCCGUUUUUAUAACGUAGGAAAAACUAUCCUAACGCAAAACUAAACCCUAAUACUAAACCUAACCCUAACCCCAACCUAACCCUAACCUAAACCCUAACCUAACCCUAACUUAUUUUAAAAAUAGAAUAAAAACGGAAAUCUUAUUUUGAAGUAUACUAUCUAGCAAUUGCCCUUACCCAAGACGCGUCUUACAUAAGAAUUUUGUACCUUUUAUACGACAAACUUGCGUCUUAUUUAAGUCGCGUCUUAUGUAAGUCGCGACUUAUUUUGUUCCGUAUAAAUGGCCCUAUUAAGUGUUUUGUUUUUUUAGCGACGAAAGAACAUACAACAUAUAUAUAUUUAUGACAAAAAGUCAAAAACUCUUUACUGUAAACGAUUUUAAAUUAAAAGAACCUACUUAAACGGUUUCAGCAAC